GGAGGGCCUGGGGGACGCCCGCGGGCUCUGGGGUCUUCGCCCGGGGCCCAGCGCAUCCGGUUCCAGGGCAGCCGCCCAGAGCUCGAACUAGGCGGACCUGUCCCGCCGCCGCAGCCCGGCUGGCGAAGGCCCGGGCGCGCGGAAGGACACGCGGUUGUAUGUCUCCAGAGCUCAGCCCGGAACCCGGGUUUCCCGAAUUUAGUCAUUUUGUUCAUCUUUGGAGGAAUGAAGAGGAACCGUUUACCUUGCAUGAAUGAAGUUCUCCAGUCCUUACCUGCAGUGAAACAGCCAAAACUUGGGUGCUGUCCUUCUCUCAGCCAGGCUCACAUGUGUGCUGCUCUUCUGGACUGAGGGAAUUUGCCUCACCACGUAGUGUUACGCGUUUUUCAGUAUCUUCCUUUAAUAGAUCGAGCCCGGGCAUCUUCUGUCUGUAGGAGAUGGAAUGAAGUUUUCCACAUACCUGACCUUUGGAGAAAGUUUGAGUUUGAGCUGAACCAGUCAGCUACUUCAUAUUUUAACUCCACUCAUCCUGAUCUCAUUCAGCAGAUCAUUAAAAAGCAUGCUGCCCAUCUCCAGUAUGUCAGCUUUAAGGUUGAUAGUAGUACUGAGUCAGCAGAAGCUGCCUGUGAUAUACUUUCUCAGCUGGUAAAUUGUUCUAUCCAGACUUUGGGCUUAAUUUCAACGGCCAAGCCAAGUUUUAUGAAUAUGUCAAAGUCUCAUUUUGUGUCAGCACUUACAGUUCUUUUUGUUAACUCAGAAUCAUUGUCGUCAAUCAAAAUUGAAGACAUGCCAGUGGAUGAUCCUUCUUUGAGCAUUCUUGUGGCCAAUAAUAGUGAUACUCUAAGACGCCUAAAAAUGAGUAGCUGUCCUCAUGUUUCAUCUGAUGGAAUCCUUUGUGUAGCUGAUCAUUGUCAAGGUCUUAGAGAACUGGCAUUGAAUUAUUACAUGCUAAGUGAUGAACUUCUCCUGGCGCUUUCAAAUGAGACUCAUGCUAACAUUGAGCAUCUUCGAAUAGAUGUUGUGAGUGAAAAUCCUGGACAAAUUGAAUUUCAUUCUAUUAAAAGACAAAGUUGGGAUGCACUUACUAAACACUCCCCUGGAGUGAAUGUUGUUAUGUACUUCUUUUUAUAUGAAGAGGAAAUGGAGACGUUCUUCAAAGAAGAAACCCCUGUUACUCAUCUUUAUUUUGGUCGUUCAGUCAGCAAAGAGAUUCUAGGACGGCUAGGUCUUAACUGUCCCCGACUAAUAGAGUUAGUUGUAUGUGCUAAUGGUCUUCAGGUCAUUGAUAAUGAACUUAUUUGUAUUGCUGAACACUGUAAAAACUUAACAGCCUUGGGCCUCAGUGAAUGUGAAGUUAGCUGCAGUGCAUUCAUUGAGUUUGUGAGACUGUGUGGGAGAAAGCUAACCCACCUCUCUAUCAUGGAGGAAGUUUUGAUACCUGAUGAUGUUUAUAGCCUAGAUGAAAUUCACACUGAGGUCUCCAAACACCUGGGAAGAAUAUGGUUUCCUGAUGUCAUGCCUCUCUGGUAAUUGACUACUGAACCAAAGAUUAUUAACUUUUUUUUUUAAUCUGUAAGAUUAGCUUCUUUCUGUCUGUGCAAAUGUAAAUUUUAAGAUGCAUUGCUGAAAUGUGUUAGGUGAAAUCUUGUAUUGUUUACAAACUGUGUUAAUGGAUUAUAGCAGAAGCAUUUGAGAAACUAUGAGAGAUUUGAAAAGACAGAAAUCAUAAAUAGAGCACAGACACUGUAUGGUGGGUUAGAUAGUUGAUAGAAAUAGUCGGUUUCUAGGUAAGUUCCUCAGCCUUCCUUGAAGGCGUAUUUUGACUUGCUGAAUAAAUUUGUAAUAUUGACCUUUGGAUCCCUUAAAUUAUGUCACUUACAAUUUUAUAUUGUUGAUUGUUUCUGUUUCAUCUUGGCAUUAAUACACUUUACCAAAUAUUUGGUAUUAGAAACUAAGAGUACACUCAAAGUAGACAUACAGAGGCUGGCUUAAUUGUACUCUAUUUUUUAGCAGUAUAUAAGAUCAUGUUAUGAUUCAAUAAAUAACUUGUAAUUUCUA